GCUGGUAAAUGCUUCCCCCCCUGUACCAGAUGACCGACUUUCUCACCUUUUGCACCUUCUGUAUCAGAGGGACAACUACCGGAGAGCGCAGCGCGACAAAAGAAAAAGUCACUUUGCCAAUCUGCUGAUGGUGCGCUGGACCGAGUCCUUUUGGGUUGCAAUCACACUUUAUGUUCUAAUAAGUCGGCGUGCGUCCUGCAGAAGGGGAGCCUAUAAUCGGUAUCUUCAGCCUUUGAUCUGCUGGCCAAGGAUGGACCACAGGAGCGCAUUUCGCGCCUCCGUUUUACUGGCUUGUGUGAUAAUCUGCAGCAACGUGCUAUGUCCAGUCGGUGCCUAUCUCUACAACAACCGCUACGCAGGUGAUCAAGUCUUCAGGAUAACUCCGAGUAAUGAUGAGGAGGUCCAAGUGCUCAAGAAAAUCCUGGGACAUAUGAAGGUGGACCUCUGGCAGCCCAACAGUGCUACUCUAAUCUCUCACAAUGCCACUGUGGACGUCCAUGUGAAGCGCAAUGACACGCAAGGUUUACAUGCACGCUUAAAGCAGGAGCAUAUUGAUUAUCGGGUGUUUAUCUCCAAUCUACAGAAGGAAAUUGAAAAGCAGACGGGAUAUCGCUCCUCUCGCAAGCGGAGGUCAGAGUCUCAGUAUGACUACGAGGUUUACCACUCUCUGGAAGAGAUCCAGAGCUGGAUGUUUGAGAUGAACAGAACCCACUCCGACCUGGUUGACAUGUUCUCCAUCGGGAAGUCGUACGAGGGGAGACCGCUUUAUGUGCUUCAGAUAGGAAAGAGAAGUCGUCAUCAGAAAAAAGCUGUGUGGAUCGACUGUGGUGUCCACGCCAGAGAGUGGAUAGGACCUGCCUUCUGCCAGUGGUUUGUCAAAGAGGCCAUCAACUCAUACCAGUAUGACUCUAUGAUGAGACGACUCCUUAACCAGCUCAACUUCUACAUCAUGCCUGUCUUCAACGUGGAUGGAUAUCAUUUCAGCUGGACGACGGAUCGAUUCUGGAGGAAAACAAGGUCAAAAAAUCACAAGUUCCACUGCCGAGGAGUGGACGCUAACAGAAACUGGAAAGUGAAAUGGUGUGAUGAGGGUGCCUCCUCUCAUCCCUGUGAUGACACCUACUGCGGCCCCUUCCCUGAAUCUGAACCUGAAGUCAAGGCUGUUGCCAAGUUCUUGCGCAAGCACAAGAAACGUGUCAAAGCAUAUAUAUCCAUCCACGCCUACGCCCAAAUGCUGCUUUACCCUUAUUCCUACAAAUAUGCCACUAUCCCCAACUUCAACUGCGUGGAGUUAGCAGCUCAUAAUGCAGUGACAGCCCUGUACUCCGCCUAUGGAGUGAGGUAUAGAUAUGGACCUGCCUCCACAACUCUGUAUGUCAGCUCUGGCAGCUCUAUAGACUGGGCCUACAGAAACGGGAUCCCAUAUGCAUUCGCAUUCGAGUUGAGGGAUACAGGAUACUUUGGCUUCCUCCUGCCUGAAUCUCUGAUCAACCCGACCUGCACUGAGACUAUGAGGGCAGUGAAGGCCAUUGCAUCAGGUCUCCUGAAGAAGUGUGAGACACACAAGGACAGAUUUCCAUAUAUAUGAGCACAUAUGCAGCUCAACCCUCACAGUUACUUAUCUCAACACCUCAUAUAUCUCUUGAGAUUUCAUAUUCUUCCCAGAUAUUAUCAGGAGAUGAACUGACAAGGACCAGCAAAGCAUGAAUUUUAAUUUGCGUUUCUUGUUUUUGAGGUUGUUUACCUCAAUUUCCUUUUCUGGUAUCAUAUGAAAUGAUGUUUUUUUGUAUCAAUAACCAUGAAUCCUCAAAGUGACCAGUCUGUUAAUAUACAUAUACAGGAGGGAACAUCCUCUCUAGCAUGUAAUUAUCUCCAUUUACAAAAAAAGCAGACUUUUCCAUAACAUAAGCUUCUUCUAGUGAAUGGUGGUCAUGUGAGCACUUGUCAUGAUACAGCAGCACUUUUUUUUUUUUAAAGGAAACAACUAAGAUUUUAAUAUCUUCUGAAAAUAUAUUAUGUUAAACAAACUAUUUUUAAUGAAUAUACCCAUAUCUCUAUUUUUAUUCUGUUUGCUUUUUAUUAUUACCAAGUGCCGGUUUAGAUGUUCAACUAUAACAUUAAUGUGUCAAUGCCUUUAUUACUGCAACAUUGUUGGUGUACACAAUAUGCUAUCACCUGACAAUCUUGGGUUUAGUUUUAAUUGAGAUGUCUUUUCGUUAAAUGUUUGAGAUCUGGAAAGAAUGACCUGUCACUUCAGUAGCUUACUGUGUCAUUACUCAGGUAUGGAUCAACGACAGAGUCCAAAAUGUUUACUUUUGACAGCUUAUGUGCUUAACAUGAGAUUCUAAUAAAUGUCUGACUUGAAUAAAUUGUUGUUAUAUAACACAGUAAAUGUUCAUUCUACUUGUCAGUCUGUUGUUUUAAAAUUAAAUCUACAUUUGUGUUUUCUACAUGUUUUGUACACAUAAUAAUAAACAUUAUUUUAGUCACUUUCGUUAUAAUAAACUCACUGACCAGUGUCAUUCUAAAAUAACAGCUUCAAAUGCAACAUUUUAAGUCAAGCUCUCUCUUUUAAAGCAUCCUCCUCGUUUUCCUUUCCACCCCUCAUAUCCCGUCUCUGAUUCUGCAGCUCAGCUCUUAUUUAUGGAUUCAGAAACGGACACAUAAGACAUCCCAAAGUUUAAAGUGAACUCUGC